CCAAGCGCCGCGCGACACGCGUCUGGACUUGACUCGCGCUUGCAGUUGCCACCUUGAAGCAGCAGCAACAACAGCAGCAGCGGCAGUCGCAAGCAACAACAGCGGCAGCAGCAGCAGCAGCAGCAACAGCAGCAAGCAACAACAGCGGCUAACGUUAGAGGGGUGUGGCUGGGAUGAGUUGCGGUUCGGGUCCUCCGUUUUGAUUUGAUUUUGCUGGGAGGGGAGGCGAGAUUCUUGAGUUGUUUAUGAAGUUGAAACUCAGAUUUGUUUAACGUGGUGGCGGUAGUGCAGUUUAGUGGGUAACAGGCGAUGGUGGUGCAGUUAAGUGGCGGAAAGUUGUGGAUAUUAAGUGCUCUGUGAGCCAUUUCGUAGCUGCAGGUGGUUGUGGUGGAACACGUGUGUUAGUGAAGCACUGUUAGAUAAUGGUCGUUGUAACUAACUGGCGUUGUGUGUGUCGCCUUUGCUUUGUGAUUGCGUAUCGUGGCUUGUAGUGGGAUUGUACACUCGGUUUGGAAUGGCACAGUAAUUAUCGAUUCGUCUUUGCACUUCGUGUGUGUUGUUGAUUGUAAUAGGUGGCAUCGUGUGCGAAUUGGCUUGAGCACAUGUAACACAUCACUUGUGGUUGCCCUUGUUUGUUGGCGGCGUUUACGGAUAGUGUUUGUAGCUGGUUAAGAGUUGAUCAUCGUUGGUUGUUUGUAGUUAAAAUUGGUGCUUUUUAAAAAAAAAAAUCUGCCAUUGGUGCUUUCACGUUUUGAUAGGUGCUAUAGUUAGCGGUGCUUGUGGAGUGCCACCACCAUCGUUUUUACCCCCCUUGUUAUGAGCAAGUGAAUAAUUGCUCAUGGGAGCCCUGUGUACAUGGGCCCUGUGGGUAUGGGCCCUAUCGCUGCUGCUGGUGCCACCACCGCUGCUGUUUGGCUUUGCACCGGACCAAGAUCUGGGGCCAGGACCGACUGAUUCGGGCCGUGGUGGAGUUGGGAUCCUCGCUGGGGGCAAGACGCCGAGCUCCAGCUCGUUGGUGAUCAUCAGCACACUGGACGGGCAGCUGACGGCGCUGGAUGCGGAGAGUGGCGGUGCGCUGCGCUGGCGUCUCGAUGCCGGUGCCGGCUCUUUGCUCGCAUCGAGCAUCAGCACCAACCAGGAUUUCCGCAAUGGGCAGCUCAUCAUCCCGUCGCUGGAUGGUAGUUUGUUCCAGUGGGACGGCGACAGCAUGAAGGCGCUGCCCUUCACCGUGGAGUCUCUGCUCGACUCGUCAUCCCGUCUCGGUGACGAUGUCGUGCUCAUGGGCGGCAAGGUCAUCAGCACCUACGGCAUCUUGGCUGACACGGGCAAGUUGAAGUACAGCUGCACGUCGGCCGGCUGCCGCCCGUGGAAGGAGGACGAGCAGGUGGAUGCGGACGACCUAGUGUUGGUGCAGCGCGUGCAGAAGACCGUGCGCGCCGUCGCCCCACGCAGUGGCGCCGAGAAGUGGAAUUUCAGCGUGGGACAGUACGACAUCAUGUUCUACCGUGGCAACGAGGGGAACUUCCAGAAGGAGGAGGAUGAGAGCCCUGACCCAGUGAAGCUGCUGCAGACCAUGGACGUGGCCCUCAAGGUGUCUGUGCCGGAUGGCAAGGUGCUGGCCUUCCGCAAGGCGGGUGCUGGCGAGGUGGUCUGGGAGCACAAGUUUUCAAGUCCCGUGGCGGCAGCGUGGCUUCUCAAAGAUGGCCAGGUGCUGCCCGUCAGUCUUUUCGACCGUGAGGUGGUGCCGGCUCUGGAGCCGGACCAGCGUGAGGAGGACGAGGAGGAUGAUGAGGAAGAGGACAUGGUGGAGGCAGCACGUGGCGUGGCCGAACCCAGUGUCUACCUUGGCAUGUACAGGGGACAGAUGUACAUCCAGUCUUCACUGACCAUGGCGCAGAAGAUAUCACGGGUGGCCCAGAAGUACGCAUGGGACGGAGACCGCAACUCCAACGCUGUCAUCUCUGUGCCUAGGGUCAAGUGGAAACCAAUGCUGGCCACGGCCCCGUCCCUGACCCCCGCCAACGUGCCUUUUAACGAGCUGGAGCGACGCAUGAACGGGGGUGGUGCCGACACGAGUGGCGAGUCGGCAGCUGGUGCCCUCUCGGUCAUCGCCUCGUCCAAUAAUGACGGCUUCUACUUCCUGCACACUUACGAGGCCAUGGACCAGGGAGCGGCAGCGGGACCGGUGGCUGACGGUCCCGACCCUGUGCCAGGCCGCAAUGUCCUGCGCCCGCCGCCCGCCCUCAUCGACUUCGAGGUGAAGCCGGAGCCGCUCGAGGCGUCGCUCCGUUCCAUGGAGGUGCUCACCUCGUUGGUGCUCACCGUCGUGCUGGCUACCUGCGUCAUUAUCGUAUACUGCCGGAAUUCGCUUUCCACUAUCAGACGGAAACGUCAGUCGUCGGAGAGUGAGGCGCAGACCGACAGUGUGUGUGACAUCCUGACAAAGAUGCCAAACCACCCAGCCCAAGCGGAAGACAAUCUUACCACCUACGUCAGCAGGUACCUCACCGACUUCGAGCACGUGCAGUGUCUGGGGCGCGGAGGGUUCGGCGUCGUUUUCGAGGCCAGGAACAAAGUCGACGAUUGCCACUAUGCCAUCAAGAGGAUCCGCUUGCCCAACCGGAUACAAGCACGCGAGAAGGUGAUGCGUGAGGUGAAGGCUCUGGCCAAGCUGGAACACCAGGGCGUAGUUCGAUACUUCAACGCGUGGCUCGAGAUGCCGCCACAGGACUGGCAGGAGGAGAAGGACAAGCAGUGGAUCAGUGACUGCAGCAGUGAAUGGGUGCUCAGUUCUCAAAGCCCGAUGGAAUCGGAGAAGUUCCCUUCCCAUCUGCCACCGAGGCCCAUACCACGAGAGAGCACUACGUUGUCGCGCUCGUGGAGUGAUUUCGACUUGCCUUCCAUCUCCUUCCUCGUGAACUCAUCAGCGGUCGACACGCAGGGCUCGCUGCUGUCCUCCGACCUCUCGUUCAUCACUGAGAAGUCGCCCGAACCACUAGAGCGUCAGGACGACAGCCUCCUCACAGAGUGCGAGGAGUCCGGACCCACAUCGCAGGAUACGAGCCUUGUGAGGGGUGCGCAGCACACGGACGACUCGCUGGACAUUGUAUUUGAGGACUCGGGGUGUGGGGAGAAGCCCAGCAGGAAGACGAAUUCUGGUGCAGUGGGGAACCCAGAGGAGUCCCAGAUGCGCAGCACCUCCACCGAUGGCUCUUCGACAGACUCCAACAAAGCAGCGACUCCUCCGGUCGAAACCGCGAGCACCAGCUCAAGCUCCACGGCCACCCAGCCCAACAGGCCCACGUCGCUGUUGCUGAGCGAAACGCACACGGCGCCGAUGCCGGCGAGGACGCACGUGGACGCGAGCACGGAGACAGGGCCGGUACCCCGGCUCUUCCUCUACAUCCAGAUGCAGCUGUGCCGUAAGGACAGCCUCAAGGAGUGGCUCAACAGCAGGACAAAUGCCGCCGAUCGCAGCCGCACCGAGUGCCUGACCAUCUUCCAGCAGAUUGUCAACGCCGUGCAGUUCCUGCACAUCUCCGGCCUCAUGCACCGUGACCUGAAGCCAUCAAACAUCUUUUUCUCGCUGGAUGGAGUUGUGAAGAUCGGAGAUUUUGGGUUGGUAACGGGCACGGAGCACGAGGAGGAAGGGGCGGUGCUGACUCCCAUGCCGGGUCAUAUUCACCACACUGGCCAGGUCGGCACCAAGCUCUACAUGAGCCCUGAGCAGCUUGCUGGCAGAGCAUACUCUCAUAAGGUGGACAUAUUUUCUUUGGGCCUCAUUCUGUUUGAGCUGCUGUGUCCUUUUGGCACACAAAUGGAAAGAAUCAAGACCCUUUCUGCUGCCAGAAAUCGCAUAUUCCCUGAUCCUUUUGUGACGAGCAAUGUGGAUGAGCACCAGCUGGUUGAGAGGUUGCUGGCUCAAGACCCGUCACUUAGGCCGGAGGCGGAGGAGAUAGCCCAGGCUGCACUGUUUGCAGAACUCGAUCCCCCCAUAAUCCCCGUCAUUCGCCAGCAUUCCCGAACACACAGCCUCUCCGGCAUAAGAUUGCGUUCCAACUCAUUUUCUAGUACAUAAGUGCUUUUGGUUGUUCUAUGUUGAUCUGGGGUUGGUUAGAUUUUGUACAUUGUGUAUAAUACAAAUUCAUACAUGCAGAAUUUUGUCUGUGCUUUUUUCUGGUUACAUUGAGUUACGACAAAUCAAAUUAUCUUAAUGUUUCACUGCUUAGUUUCCUGAUAAAUGUUAACAUUUUACUUGAAUCUUUUGCUGUUAAUAGGCCAGGACCGUUUCUAAACACUGGCAGCUUGUCUGUUUACAAUUUUUCUUUAAAAUAUUUUUCCCCAUCCAGUAUGUUACCAAAACGAAUACAUUACAUGCUCAUUAUGGAGACCUGUACAAUAAUACUAUUUUGUUCAAUGUUAACUUUUCUAAGGCUACCUUUCAGAACACCUUAACUAUAUGGAUACCUCUAAAUAAAUGGAAUGCUCCACUAAUUGUCACCACCUAUACUAAAUAAUAAAGUCUUAAGCAUAAAUAGGUGUGACAAGUGUACGAUGAAAGUAAACCAUUUGAUUUGGGGAUGAUAACUUGUACAUAUGGCAUAUCAUUUGGUUCAAGCUGCAGGAAAUAACAUACAAUAAUUUAUACAGUUCCAACUAUAUACCCAUUUCAAGACCUGACUUAACAUAGUUUUUCAGUCCGUAUGGCAAAUGUAAAUGGGCUAUGUAAAUCUCGGAGGUACUGUUAAAGAAAUGUCCAAUAUAAUGCAAAAAAGUCGUGCAAAAUCCAAAGCGCAUAUAUUGAAGGAUGGGCUAGAAACUAACCACAGUCAUCUACAUGGAGUUGCUGUUGUUGGUGAUGAAGUAUUUUCAAAGAAAAAAUGAACCGGCACAGCAAAUAAACAAAUUUAUGUAACUCCUAACAACAGUGCAUACCAGUUAAUAGGCACAGGGGAAGCCUAAGAAUGAGGUAAUGGUUCCUCCAGGAACCACAAACUGGUUGAACUUUGUCUGGGUGGUAACUUGAACAAAAAUGAAUGUAACAAGGUGUGAAUGAUUUAUGAAAGAACAAGGGCUUGUAUUCAACAAAGUAACGAAAACCAUUUAUAUUUUUUAUUUUACAGUAUUGCAAUGUUUGACGUGCACAAACUGUAAAAAUGUUUUAAAUCAAUGGUUUGUAUUUUGGUCUGUCUUUUAAAUAGAAAGUUUUAAAUGUAAAUUUUUAUGAGUUAUAGGUUCAAGCCAGAGCAAUGUCCUUUUGUGAAACCUGUAAAUUAAAUUAUUUUGAGGCUUUGGAUAUUUUUUUUGUGGUUGAAGACAUUUUAAGUGCAAUAUUUUAUGGUGACCAAAAUACCAUGUUAUUUUUAAACCGAUUAAAAUAAAAUGUCCACGGAAAACAUUUUUGUUGACACAAAA